AACCAAAAAGAGGGAGUGCGUUGAAAGAAGGAAGUAAGGAGUUGCAAGUUUGAGGACGCAGGCGCCACACAGGAAGAAGACACAAAGAAACAACUGGCAUACACAGCACACUGAGAAGAACCGAUGAAAGUGUUCAUGACAGAAACUCUGAGAGAAAUAACAACGGAAUGACAAAAUAUGAACCUCAAGGGGAGUCCAGGAAGUUUGACCCAAGCUUCAAAGGACCGAUCCACAACAGGGGCUGCACAGAUAUCCUCUGCUGUAUUCUCUUCAUCAUAUUCUUGUUGGGUUACUUUGCUGUGGGUAUCCUCGCCUGGUCUCAGGGUGACCCCAGGAAAGUGAUUUAUCCCACGGACAGCAGGGGGCAGUUCUGUGGACAAGCUGGAACGCCUCUGGAGAAGAAGCCUCUUCUGUUCUACUUUAACAUCCUGAAAUGUGCCAGUCCCCUGGUGCUGCUGGAGUUUCAGUGUCCCACCACACAGUUAUGUGUGGAACGCUGUCCAGACAAGCGUCUUACUUUAGUGACAGCCAAGGUGAGCGGCAAAGAGGUCCAGGAAUACUACAGACAAUACUGUAAGGAAGGAGUGGACUUUGCCAACUUGAGUCCUCCUGAGCUCCUGAGGGAUGGCUUGUGUCCUGCCUUUCUCAUGCCCAGUAAAGCCUUCACACGUCGCUGCCUUCCUGCCUUGGGGACGCUGAAAGGUGGGAUGGUGGUGGUGGGCAAUGAAACCACGUUUGAUGACGGAGAGGGCAAAAAUGUCAAUGCCACAGACGUGCUGGAAGCAUCAAAGAAGUCAAAUGUGGUGGUUGAAGCUCGCCAGGUGGCCAUGAGAAUCUUUGAAGAUUACACUCAGUCUUGGCAUUGGAUUUUGCUUGGUCUGCUGAUAGCCAUGGUUGUCAGCUUGAUUUUCAUCGUCCUGCUGCGAUAUUUGGCCGGUGUCAUGGUCUGGGUCAUGAUUGUUUUGGUUAUUCUAGUCAUUGGCUAUGGUAUUGUCCACUGUUACAUGGAAUUUGCCAGCCUGAAGGGAGAGCCCGGCGCUGAUGUCACCAUCCGUGACUUAGGCCUGCAGACGGAUUUCUCGGUGUACCUGCAGAUCAGACAGACCUGGCUGGCCUUCAUGAUCAUCCUGGCUAUUGUAGAGUUCAUCAUCAUCUUGCUACUCAUCUUCCUCAGGAAGAGAAUCCUAAUCGCCAUCGCUCUCAUCAAAGAGGCCAGCAGAGCUGUUGGGCACGUGAUGUCAUCUCUGUUCUACCCACUGCUGACCUUUGCCCUCCUGGCCGUGGUGAUCGCCUACUGGGCCAUCACCGCUGUUUUCUUGUCCACCUCUAAUGAGCAAGUGUACAAAGUGUUUAACACCUCUGAGUGUGCGUACUCACGAGAGACCUGUGACCCUAAGACAUUCAACACAUCCAAUGCCUCAGCUCAGUGUCCUGAUGCAGAGUGCAUGUUUGCUUUCUACGGUGGUGAGACCCUCUACCAUAAAUACCUGAUCCUGUUCCAGUUCUACAACGUCUUCCUCUUCUUCUGGUGUGCCAACUUUGUGACUGCCCUGGGUCAGGUCACUCUGGCGGGGGCCUUUGCCUCAUAUUACUGGGCCUUCAAGAAACCUGAAGAUAUUCCUGCACACCCCAUCUUCUCCUCACUGGGACGCGCCCUCAGAUACCACACAGGCUCCCUGGCCUUUGGUUCUCUGAUCCUGUCUUUGGUUCAGGUCAUCAGGGUCCUUCUGGAGUACCUGGAUCACAAAUUGAAAGGUGCUCAGAACAAGUUUGCAAAAUUCCUGCUAAGCUGCAUGAAGUGCUGCUUCUGGUGUCUGGAGAAAUGUAUCAAGUUUAUUAACAGAAAUGCCUACAUCAUGAUUGCGAUCUACGGAAAAAAUUUCUGUACCUCAGCUCGAGAUGCUUUUUUCCUUUUAAUGAGGAACAUUAUCAGGGUGGCUGUUUUAGACAAAGUGACUGACUUCCUGCUGUUUCUGGGGAAGCUCCUCAUAGUUGGCAUUGUUGGGAUCUUCUCUUUCUUCUUUUUCUCUGGAAGAAUCAAAGCAGUAGAGGAGGCUGCUCCAUCUUUAAACUACUACUGGGUGCCAAUUCUGACUGUGGUAGUGGGGUCCUACCUCAUUGCCCAUGGCUUCUUCAGCGUGUACGCCAUGUGUGUGGACACACUCUUCCUGUGCUUCUGUGAGGACUUAGAAAGAAAUGACGGCUCCUCUGAAAGGCCUUACUUCAUGUCCCCCGAGCUUCAUGAGAUCCUUUCCAAAACAGAAAAGGUGGAGGAAGAUCGAGACGGCGUUGAGCAGGCAGAUUCUGUGAUACAAGCGGCCGAGGUGAAAAUGGAGGAGGAAACACUUUUGCAGCAGCAAAAAGAUGGAGCAAUUCAAUUGAAACAGCAGGCAGUGCUCAAGCAGGAAAACGAAGAGGAGCAGCCGCUGCAGUCCAAGACAGAUGCUGAAGAGCCGAAAGAGGAGAAGACGCAGGAAGUAAAAGUCAGUCAGACAGAAGAGGCUGAACAGAAAGAAGCAGCGGUGAAAGACCUGGCAGAAAAACAGGAGUUGAAACAAGAAGAAAAGAUGGAGGCGGCUUCCCCUUCACCUGCAGAGGCUGAGAAAGAGGAGACAGGUGAAAAGAAAAUGGAAAAAGAAGAAUCAAAGGAUGAGACUCCUCCCUCUGCAGCACAGGAGUAGAUAACAGUAAAGUAAUGGCAAAAAAGUGAGGCUUGGUAAACCUCACAAAGCAUAAAGAAUGACAGAACAGUACUUACUACACCUUUGUGAUAUGGACCUGUUAAAUGUGCGGCAUAGGCCGAGCUGUCUCCUUGCUAUGUGAGUGGUGUGACGUUCAGCUGGAGAGGGCCAUGGUCGCCAUGUGAACGUAGAAGCAGGUCAGAAGCCCAGUGCAUCUUUGUAGCUUGAAAAAAAACGCUCUGUUGUGUUGGUUUUAGAACAGUGUUGGUUUUUAUAUUGUGAAGAUCUGUAGAACAUUGUGAGUGCCUGAUUACUGUCAAUAUUUGUUGUCUUAAUCCUUUUGACAAAUGCACUACGCAACCACGUAAACACCGAGUUUACAGUCAGAACAAACACGUCUCUAUCGAUCUUUUUCACUGUUUACAAUAAUACCAGCUGACGCCAAAAGCUUACAGUCAGAUUUGAUACACUGGAUGAAUAUUACAUAGUUUUCUUUCCUAUGGAAUUUGUGUAUAUAAGCAGUAGUGUAUGUAUUUUUUGGCUUCAGUAGAGAUUCUCACCAAGACGGGAUCCCAUGUAUUGUACUGCCACCUACUUGCCUUGGUAUUUCGGACUGGCAUAAGUGCUGUGAUUGUGUCGCCAUGAUACAGCCAUUGUGACCUCUCAGACUCUGUGGACACCCCAGUUGUUUACUGAACCCACCUGCCUUGCUAUGUCCCCACGCUCUAUUUGUCUCUCUCUGUCUCUCCCUCUCUAAGUGCUGCAUGGUGUUAACAUGGCCUUCUGAAUGCUUGCAACAAACAUCUUAAAUAUGCGGAUGCUUUUGUACCUUUCUUUCCUGUUUGUCACGUUGUUAAACAUGUAUGUUGAUUUUCCACUGACAUUUCUGAUGACACUCCAUAUUUACUGGAUGUAAAGCUUGAUUAAAGGUGAUUGUAUUUAA